AUGCCGCCCAUACCGCCGCACAAACACCCUCUCCCCCGCGUCAUUACCUACCACCAAACCCACCACACGCCCUCGGGCCGACACAUCUCGGUCCUGCCUCUCCUCACACAGCCCUCCGUAGCCCUAACGCACCUAAUCCUCGCAGCAUGCCACAUCAACGAGCCCCCCUGCCAGCUCACCCUCAACGACCACCCGCCGUCCGACCCGCGCUUCGACACGCUCUGGGCCGAGCUCCGCGUCCUCCAAGCCUCCGGCGUCAAGGUCCUCCUCAUGCUGGGCGGCGCAGCACCCGGAACCUACCAGCGCCUAGGGUCGGAGCAAUUCGAGGCCUACUACGCGCCGCUGAGGCAGCUCAUCCGCGACAGGAACCUGGACGGCGUCGACCUGGAUGUCGAGGAGCCCGUGGGCCUGGCCGCCAUCAUCAGAUUGAUCGACAGGUUGAGGGCGGAUUUCGGCCCCGGCUUCGUCAUCACCCUCGCGCCCGUAGCCAUGGCCCUGCUGGAUCCCGACAAGAACCUGAGCGGCUUUGACUACGAGGCGCUCGAGGUCAUGAGAGGCAACGAGAUUGCCUGGUACAACACGCAGUUUUACUGCGGAUGGGGCAGCUUGAGCAACACCUUGAUGUACGACCUGAUGCUCCAAAAGGGCUGGAGUCCCGAAAAGCUGGUUGUCGGCGUCGUCACGAAUCCUGCCAACGGCUCCGGCUUUGUGCCGUGGGAGAUGCUCUCUGCCGUUCUGGCCAUUUUGCAUAGGCGCCAUCAGAACUUUGGAGGAGUCAUGGGCUGGGAGUACUUCAACAGUCUACCCGGUGAUGCGAGCCGACCUUGGGAAUGGGCAGCUAACAUGUCCUCGUUGCUGAGGGCGCACUCUUUGGGUCUCGAUCCAACCCCAGCCGGCCCAAAUGUCCAACCCAGUGUCGAUGGCGAGGUGGACCCGGACCAUGCAAACAGUCGUCCUUUGGAGGUGCCCACGAGUUUCGACUACUACUCCGAUGGCACGGGUGAUGAGUAG